GCUUAACUACAGUACAAGUGACGCACCAAACUAUUGUAUCUCCUUCCCCGAUAAACGACAAGUGCAUCACAGUUCACAGUAAACAUGGCGAGGAUACGGGAGGUUCCCGCCACCUUUACCUGAGGCUAUACUCCACACUUAAGGCAGCAUCGGCCGUCCCCACUCCAGCGUGAAGCAGUGCCAUGCGGGCGUACCUUGGUGUGGUGUUGGCGGUGUGGGCGUGCGUGGGCGGUGCUCAGAGGUCCUCAGACCCCAACGACAUACCCUCCAACAUGAACAGACCCAUAAUGGACUCGUCCAAAUUGCCUGACAUACCCUUGGGCAAUCCUGAGUCAAUGAAGACAGACACCCUUGCAGAGCCAUUGGAUGAGGAGGACUUUAACUACGAGCUUCCCAUGAGUGACGCCAUAGCCUCCCACAGCGCAUUCGACCCUAUCUUCAUGGCGGGGCUGUUCGAGGGUGACAUCCAACUAGCGUCCGAAUCUGACCUAGCCAGUAUACUACUGGGAGGACCGAGACAGAGAAGCGGUAUAGCUGACCAGCACAAACGGUGGCCCAACGCACGUAUCCCCUACGUCAUCUCCAACUCCUUUGAUAAAUUAGGGCGGGCCACCAUCGCUACUGCCAUAAAGAAUUUCCAACAGCUCACCUGUAUCCGGUUUGUGGCAAGGACCAGUGAGACUGACUACGUCCAUUUUAUCAAGGGUGACGGGUGUUCGAGCUCUGUGGGGCGCGUGGGCGGAGGUCAAGCAAUAUCCAUCGGGAUGGGAUGUGGUUAUGUUGGGAUUGUUAUGCACGAGAUAAUGCACGCUGUCGGCUUCUGGCAUGAACAUUCCCGACCAGACCGUGAUAAACACAUCUCCAUCAAGUGGGCCAACAUUAAGCCAAACAUGGAGUACAAUUUUCAUGCCUACACGUGGGAGAAAGUUAAAAGCUUCGGUAUUUCAUAUGAUGUUGGGUCCAUUAUGCAUUACGGUUAUACCGCCUUCAGUAAGGACGGCAACAACACCAUCGAGCCGAGGCGGAAUCAGAAGGGUGUCGAAAUGGGCCAGAGAGAAGAUUUAUCAAACUCUGACAAGAAGAAAAUUAAUGCGAUGUACUGUAAAGGGACCCCAGUUGGUGUCUCCACAAGCCCAUCCAAGUUUUGUGAUGACACCAACGGGUACUGUGAUGAAUGGGCGUUGCUGGGGGAAUGCAAAAAGAAUCCUGUCUUCAUGGAGGUGUCAUGCUGCCUCUCGUGUCGCAAGGCAAAGCAGAAUGAUGUUUUAGGAUGCAGGGACCAGGAGAAGUAUUGUUCCCUGUGGAGUAAGAAGGGGGAGUGUACAUCAAACAGUAACUACAUGGCCCUCAAGUGUAAGAAGUCCUGUGGUUUAUGUCCCAAAUCCCGCAGGAAUCUUCCCCCAAGUGAGUUAAUACCAUUCGUCUCAACCCUUACAUAGUGUGGACCUUGAUGUGCUUGUGAGUCAGUGUAAGUGGAGAGGGGAAAACUGCUCUAGGUAUUACUUAGCGGUCCAUAAAGUUUUGACACCAAAGUUUAUGUCACCUGAUGAUAUUAUUAAACACCGUAGCGCCAACCUAACCUAAUCUAAUCUAACCUACUAUGAAAUCA